AUGAAUGGACCUCGUCGUGCUAUAUAUAGUCAAAUAUCCGGCUGCGCUCGUCAAUACAACUUCGCAUCGAUGCUGCUGCCUAGAGUGUUGGGCCAGUCUUCGGACUCCUGUGAUGAAUGUGCAAGUGGUCUGCAUAUCAGGUCGCUUGUGACUGGCAUGGUCCUGUUGCAGGCCGUGGCAGAAUACUACGUACUUACACACGGGAGAGGGGAUCAAUCGGUCGUUGAAUCCGCCGCAUGA